AGGAGCUUUUCAUAUGUCUGUCUUGUCUUCUUGCAGGUUCCCAAAGACAUCAUAGAAGAUGUGAUUUCACUAAAAUGCCCUGGAGUACCACCUCUCCAGAGCUGCCAGCAGACCGCACUGGGGCUGACUGUUCAGUUACAGAGACCUGCUGCCUUCCAGCAGGUCCUGAAUUCUAUUGCCGAGUUCACAAAGCCUUCCCAGUCAGCAAGUGCGCAGAGUAUCAUCCUCAACUGCACACCCCUCCGGAGCCGGAGAAGCCUGGACAUGCUUAGCCUGAGCAAUCUGAGAGCCAUUCUAGUAACUGACCACUUGGCUGAAGUGCUCAGAAUACAGGGGAUGAAUGUCCACCUGGCUCCUGCUGUGCCUGACGAAGGAAUCCAGAAGUUCCUGCACCAGCUGAGAGUUGACUGGCCCUCAGAGUUGGAAACGACAUUCAUUCCUGAGGAUGUUUUGGCCUUGAAGCAAGUCCUCAGCCAGUGCCCUCAUGCUACAGUCCCAGGACCGGAGCCAGGGCAGACGAGGCUGGCUGAUGAUGUCAUAUUUAAAGUGCAUUUGAAAAACUUCCUGGCGCAGCAGAGCUUGGAGGGCUAUGACCCCAACCUAGAUGUGUGUCUUGUGACUGAGGAGAAACUGCAGGUCCUGGCAGAGCUGCGACAGAUGGCCCUGCGCUGUGCGGUGAGUAACCCUGCUGCUCUGGUAAACAGGGAACCCAGAGCGCCUGCCCUGCUCCUUCCUGGGCUUGGUGGGAGCACAUCUAACCAGGCUGCUGCUUUGCUGCAGGGCACGGGGCCGGGAGGCUGCUGCAGGGUGGUGCAUGUGGUGAGCUGUGAGGGCGAGUUUCAGCAGCAGCAGGUGGAUUUGCUCUGGAGGAUGUUGGACCUGGGAGCUCACACAGCCUUGCAGAAACACCUCGUCUGUGGGCCAGUGAAGGUGGCUAACUCCCCCCCUCCUGUGGGGGCACCCCAGUACUUCCAGUAAGUUGGCACUUACCAGGACUCUGCUGCAGCCGUUCAACCGAGCGCGUUUCACUGCGUUCUGCUCAGGUGGCUGAUAAUCAGGGUGUUUAGUCCUUCUGUAAAAGUGCUGGCCAACCGGCCGG